AUGUUCAUCUUCCUCCCGGGGCCGCCUCUGCUCGCACUAGAGCCGCGUGCCAGCACCGUCGACUGCGCCGGCUCCGCCUCCGCCAGUUACCUCCGCGUCUUCGCCGCUGCCGCUCCACCACCGCUAUUGCCGCCUGACGCCAGAAGCCACGACGACUCGAGCAACGCCCUUGCUCAGCUUGCGAUCUGCCCCGGUGGAGUGUCUCGACGUCUUCGCCUUGCCGCGACACCACCGCUGUCCCGAUCUACCCAUUCGAGAGCCCAGACGACGGUAGAUCUAAGCCGAUCGUUGCUCCACUGCCGAGCGAGCCCUGCACCGGCCCGCGCCUCCUCUGCUGUUCGUGCCGCUUCUCCCCCGGUCAGCACCGACACCCAGCAGCACUACCGAAGUUCGACACCGCCCACAGCAGCUGCCGGACCUCCUCGGCCUCCGUCCCUGCACCCGCUCGGAGCCCGAUCUGCCGCACUGGACUGCCAAUCUCGCCCCCGACUUGUCUUCAACCCGCGACCCAGCAAAUCCCGAGACGGCCCGCCGCGCCCCCGCUACUGCUGCACCCCCGAUCACCCGAGUACCAGCAGCGCCCCGUCGCUCGAGUACUCCUUCGUGCCAAUCCGCGACGCCCGCACCCGGAUCCAACGUUAG